AUGGUUGCACAAAAUAAACUUGUCAGAAUUUUGUCAGAAGAUGAUAAGCUGAAGAUGCUCUAUCAAGAAGCCUUGGAAUUCACAACGCUAGUGAAGCAAUUCUCAAAACACCUCGGAACCGAAAUCCCUCAGAUGACAUCGAAAAUAAGAGCCGACAAAGAGCAUCAAGAAUUCACUCAAAUACCACGGCCUACAAAUUCAUCGACGGGCGGCAUCAGAGAGCCCGCUCUAUUUGAGGAUGACGAAGUCCACGACUAUUUUUACAUCCGAACGACGUUCAAAAGGCCCUCUUUGAUAAUUGGCCAACCCUUCAGUCAAGGCCAAUCAAUCGGGGACAUCUUGACACUCGCGAGCGACUUCAUAGGAUCCAAUGCGUUAAGGGUUCAAGAUAAUCCCUCUGAAAGUGGAAAAUCUAUCCAAUGUGAUCUUAUAAAGGACGAUGAUAUUUAUCUAGCUUCGAAUGACGAAAUCUGUGCGGCCAAGCAUCAAUCAGGUGAACUCAUACUUACUCUCCGGAGCAGAUGUAGGACUGGCGCGAACAAUUCUACGAGCAUUGACAUUUCUGCACUUGCAAAAUAUGACACUCAUUAUAUCCUUAUUUCGGCAACGUCUUGA